AUGCAGGUCAAAAUGAAGAGCGUGGUUGGAUAUUGCGGGUUCGUCUUGUCACUUCUCUUGAUCUGCACAGGACAAGCUCAGAAACUGCAGAAAGCGGUUUCUCCUCAAGGAAUCGACUGCUCACAGAUCAAGACUCUCAACCCAGAAGCACCUAGUGGGGUUUAUUCCAUUCAGCCAGCUGGAGUCAAGAUUACGUUCAAGGUGUACUGUGAGAUGCUUCCAGAUGGAGGAUGGACCGUGUUUCAGAAACGCAGCGGACCCACUGUCUCAUUCAACAGAAAAUGGGCAGAGUAUAAAAAUGGAUUUGGAACCCUGACACAGGACCACUGGCUUGGUCUGAAGAAGGUUUUCUUACUCACUAAGAACAAGUCUAAGAAGUGGACCUUGAGAGUGGACCUGUGGGACCACGAGGGUGGCAGUGCUUACGCUGAGUACAAGAACUUUAGACUGGGGAAUGAGAAAUCAGCUUUCAGAUUGAACGUGGGGAAAUACAGCAGAAAUGCAGGUGACGCUAUCCGCGGUGCGUAUGAAGGCAUUGACCAGAACGGCUAUGGCUUCAGCACCAUCGACCGUGACAACGACGGCUGCUCCCCAUGCAUCUUCGGGGACAUUGCUCAAAACAAGUGCGCUUUAUCGAAGGGCGGCGGUUGGUGGUACAGCAAGUGUGGCUCUGCCAGUCUAAACAGAGAAUGGCAUCCUACUGGUAACCACAUCGGUUGGGCUUCAGGCCUCCACUGGCUCACCUGGAAACCUCCUGCACCUUACUCGGCCAAGGCCUCCAGAAUGAUGAUCAGAUCUGAGUGAGAGGUGCCUACACUGGUCACCCUGAUUGUUCCGCACCUGAAUGAUAUGUCUGACUUUGGAGAAGGUUUAUUCUUUUAAAAUAUGUUAUCGCCUCAGUAAAAGAGAGUUGAGAUGA